GCGGCCUGGGCAUGGACCUGGGCUCGCUGAUGGGGCCGCCGGCCGACCAGCUGCUGCCCGACAUCGCCACGCAGCUGUUCGACGACGUGGCCGGCCAGGAGACGCUGCCGGACGGCGAUGGCUUCCGGUCGUGCCCCCGACACUGCCGAGAGCCAGCCGCUCUUCGGCGCCGUCACCUCCGGCGACAUGGACCUGACCGACAUGUCCUUCAACGAGUUCUUCAGCUUCACCGAUGACGUCGGCGAGACGCUGGACCGCGAGAUGCACCACUCGCUGUUCGGCGACAGCGGCCUGGGCAUGGACCUGGGCUCGCUGAUGGGGCCGCCGGCCGACCAGCUGCUGCCCGACAUCGCCACGCAGCUGUUCGACGACGUGGCCGGCCAGGAGACGCUGCCGGACGGCGGUCGCUGCGAGGUGCUGGUGAAGCACGUGCGCCGCUCGUCGCAGUCCGCCGUCCCCGACCCGCUGCCGCCCGUUGUCGAGGGGGGCUCUCCGCUGCGCCAGGCGCUCUGGGACCACAGCUACUGCUCGCGCGGCAACUCCGGCGCCUCGUCGCCGGCGCCCGAGGCCGAGCUGGUGUGCAAGGUGCCGAGCUACCUAGAGCAGUGCGCGCCGAACUCGCCACCGGCGCUGCUGCAGAAGGUGCCGCCGUACGUGCAGGGCGUGCCGCCGGCGUCCGCCGCCGGCGGCGCGCCGUUCCGCAAGAAGCUCAGUCUGAGCGACAGCCCGCCCAGGGGCUAUCGGCUGGACGCGCUGUCGUCGCGGCGCGAGUCGGACCGGUGA